CGGAGCCGCUCUCUCCAAGUUCUUCUCCGAUGUUCUUCCUCAGAAGAUCGUUAUCAGUGUUGCGGACUUCGAGGCCGGCGAUUCGUCUCCGAGUUCUAGAAGUUUCGGUUCCGGAAGCCGUGAGCUGCAGUUUUGGGAGCAGAAAGCCGAGGAUCUUAAAGAAGAGAAGGGAUCGGAGGAUCAGAUAACUUUUGGUUCCAAGACUCAUGGGACUGACUUUCGAAAAGUAUGCCUAUGGAAUUCUCAUAUCAUAAGAGCCUUAUCAUGUUUGUUCUUGUCUGAGAACUGAGUAGUCAAACUUAUGUUACUGUAGAAGGAUAAUGGCAGAAGAGAUGCAGAGAAAGAUGCACACCCAUAUGAAAUCCUCCGCUUUGAAACACCAGAGUUGGAUGUAUUCGUGGAAAAUGCUUACAUUUAUGAGAAAGAGGGGCUCCUGUUUCUUUCAGAAGUUCCAGAGGCUGAGAAUAAUUUAGAAAUGCUUAAUCGUACACUGGAGUUUCCUUGGGAAGUUCAUGAGUCAGUUCAUACAGUUGAAGACUUUCAUUCAGAGUAUUCCAUGGAUCAAAAGGCUUAUAUGUUUGAAGAUGAUUGUUCUUACAAGGACCAAAUGCACUUCUAUCAGAAUUUCCCUUUAUUGGAAGUAAAUGAGAUAACUCUGCCAACUUUGACAGGUUUGUCUGUAGAGGAUGAACUUUCUUCUGUUUAUGAAAAAAUUGAGCCCCAGCAUGGGGAUAAAAAAGAUAACCUGAAUGGCAAGGAGCUUUUGGGUACAAGGGAAUACGGGAUCUUGGAGGGUCUUUUAGAUCUUCGAUCUGAUCUCGGGUCUCUUGAGAUUACCCCUGAAAUGGAUUUAUUAAGCAUGGUGGAAAUGCCACAGAUUCAGGGAAACAUCACAUAUCAAGGGACAUCCACGGGUGCUUGUUUCCAGUCUGUAAGCCCGGUUGUUUUUGAAGAAUUUCAGAUUCUUGAUUUGAACUCAUCUCAGCAUUUUGAAGUCCUCAUUAGUACCCUAACACCAAAUGAACCAGAAACUUGUGACUGGAUGUUUCAUGGACACAUAAACUUCAAUACUUUGAUUGUUAGUCAUGAGCUAGCCCUUGUCGAUGACACAUUUAAAUCAUUGCCUGUGCCUGUUCUCUCUGAUCAUGAAAAGAUAUGUUCUUCAUAUGUUGUUAUGGAGGAAACACUAACUAACUUACAGCCGCUACCCCUAUCUGCAUCAGAUAGGAUUUACUUGGAUUGGCAUUUUCUCGAGAAAGACAAAUGCAACUGUCAAAUUUCUUUCUCCCAUCAGAAAAUCUUGGAGGAUACAAAUUCACUGAGCACCUGUUUUGAUUGGGACUCUUAUGAUGAUGGAAAGCUGGUGUAUGAUUUUGCUUUCUCCGAUGCUGCAGUAGAUGAGUUUAAUACAGAAGAAAACAAAGAAUUACAGGAGUUGCCCUCUGAUGGCAUUCCUAUGCUUGCUGGUCAUCUUGGAGAUACUUCAGGCAAAUUGUCAGGCGGCGCUUUUCCACAGAAAAAAAUUGGAGAGCAUAUUGAUAAAAGAGGCGCUGAGAGGGCUUCAUCACUUUUCAAGUCUAUGUCACAAUUCAAUGAUAUCGGCUUUUUCUUGAAUCCCCAGAAGGCCUCUACAGGUGGAAAUAGUAAUUGUGCAGUUACCACAGUUGCUAAUGCUACAUUUCCAAAGGGAGAGCAGUCCUAUUCUAUAUCUGCUCCAGUUGAGAAUAUGAAUGAUCAGCAGUCAGAGAAACUCUCGGACAUUUUUCCUGGUCAGGAAAAGAGUGAUAUGAGUUAUAAAGAAGGUGCAGAUGAAGUAGAAGCUAGCAGUAUGCCCCUACCUAAUCUUUCUGUGCCAUCUGCAGUGGAAGCUGAGCGUUUUCAGCAGAGCAUGGUCUCUUUCCCUGAGAUGGUCAUUGUUGUAAACACUCAAAAUCUUGAUAAGGAAAUGAUAGUAUCUAGAAGAAGUACCUACCAAAAAAUUCUUGCAAUGGAGAAAGAAGGGGUACAAGUAGUAGAACGUGAUUCAGAUUUACCUGUGGAUAUCAUAAUCAGUUCUGCAAUUUGUUUAGUGUGGUAUGACUGCAAAAACAUUGGAAAGAAAGCAACCACUCUUGAUGAAGCUUCUUCAUGCUUACCUUUGUGCAUUGAGAACAUUGCCACAAAUGUUUUGACGUUGCUGAGUUUCACUUUCAGUGGCUGCUUUAUGAUCUUUGAGGGAGAAAACAGCUUCCUCUCCACUGUAAUGGAGUACUCAGAUGGACUUUAUGCUGCAGCAGCGGGCCUGGGAAUUGAUUUGCAGCUUUUCAACUCAUAUUCAUCUGAGUUGACUGAUGAAAUUAUAUUGAGCUGCAUGGGACAUGCCACAAAGUCGAAUAGGUUUAUAUAUCCUCGAAUGCCUGAGUCGGAAAGUCUUGCAGAAUCAUUCCUUACCAGAUUUCCUUCAGUAAAUGCUUUGACAGCUCAUGCAAUACUGUCUUCAGGAGGCUUGCUCAAAGUGUUUCUUGAAUCGUCCCAUGAAACCAGGAUGAGUGUAAUCCAAAAAUAUCAUGUUCCUGAUGAAAGUAUCACACUAUUUAGUACUUUAUGCAAAUAUGGUGAACCGGCAGAUUCUAAAUCAAUUAUGACGGACUGCUCCUCUUCAGUGUCUUCAGGUCCGGACUCGGGAAGAUAUAAUCGGAAUCUUGUUUUGGAAAGAAAGAAACGAAAAUACAAUGGUAGUCCUGACAAAUAUGAGUUACAAACGGAUGAAUUCUUGCACCUGGAGCCGUUGAACCAAUUCAGUACCGACAUCUUGAAUCCUUCUACAGCUUCCAAGUUAGCUGAUUCAUGUAUGUCAAAAAGCCCCAAAAUAAUUGAUGAGUUCAGAAAGUCUAGGUUCUCUCAGAAUGACUUGUUUGAUCAAGAAGUGGGUUUAGAUAUGGAUAUGAUGAUGAAUCCUUUUAAGGUUUUCGAGCCAUAUGAUUCUCAAAUCUCCAAAGGGCCUCAGGUAUUAAAUGAGAUAAAAAGGUCCCGUUCAUCGUUGAAGGAUAAGCUGUCAGGUCAGAAACGAGGAUCAGAUACGCCUAUCAUGAAGAAUUUUGAUUUCUAUAACAAGAAUUCUGAGGUUCUGCAUGAGGACCUAAAAGGAGAAGUUGUUGACCUAAAAGGUAGUCCUGUAUUAGAUGAGGACUUUUCUUUUAUUGGCAACUCUAUGAAAUUCUCAUCUCAGAUGCCUGAGUUGGACAUGGAUUCCACAAGGAAGUCUAAAGCUGCAAGAAAAUUGUCAUUUGGUUCAAGUAGUCACCGUACUUUCCCAACAGCUGCUGAAAUCAACUCAACUCCAACUGUUUGGCGUUCUGCAGAAAACCUGGGAAAAAUUUCGCAAGUUGGAGCCAACAAUUACUCAGAUACAAAUCUCGAAUAUGAUGUUUUUCCCUUAACAAACCGUAACAAGCCCUUAGAGGAGGCUUUCAUGAAGAGGUCUGGGGGGAAAUCUCAAGGGCUACAUUUCCAUGAAAAUGAUAUAUCACCCUAUGGAGGAACACAAGGGCUACAUCUCUACGGAAAUGAUAUAUCACAUUAUGGAGGAACACCACUCUCAAAAGCUCUCCGUUCAGGCAGUUCACAGAAAAAUACUCCCUGGACAAUAGAGUUUCUGAACAGAAUCAAGGAAAAGAGCAGGUUGCGUCAGCAGUCGCUUCCUGGUGACUUAUCUGGCCCUAGUCUGGGUUAUCCAGGGAAUGUAUCAAAGGUUACCAAGAGAAGAAGUCCGUCUAUUCUUGAUUUUUACAAGUACCAAGGUGGCAACACUCCAAGAAAGUUCCCAGGAAAAAAGAGGCAGAAGCGACCUUUACAAUCAUCAAGCUCAUCAAAGAAUGAAACAAUUUCAGCUCCUCCUCUUACCGAGUGGACACCUAUUGAUAAAAGAGCAAGACAGACACUAUCUUUUGCAACGAAAGAUAGUGGAAACCAGACUAAGUUGGUAUGGAGUGAUGGAGCUCAUGGUGUCAGGAAAAAGUUUCAGAUGCAAACAUGAAACGGCAAGGUGCCGUCCUGAACCGCCGCUUUCCCCAGCUUCACCGUUGCCUUUCCGACGUCGUCCGGCACCAGCGACAGCAUCAAAGCAGGCUUCUUCAAUUUUGGCACCUGAACAAAAAACAGUCAGAAAAAAAGUCCAG